AGCAAAAAAAAACAAAAUGAAAAAAGUGAAAACGAAAAAAGAAAAAAGGAAAAAAAGACAGAAAAAGAAAAGAGGAAAGUGAAAAGGAAGAAAUGGAAUAAACAAAAAGGAAAAAGUGAAAAAAGUGAAAAAUAG